AGUGGCAUCAGUGAUACGUGUAAAUUAUUUUUCCGGUUCUUGUCCUUCGUUCCGAAAUUCUUGAAUCUUGAUCACUCGUUCGGCGUAGGAAGUACACGAACUAAGCAAAAAUGUUAGGUUCUUCUAAAAUAGUCCUACUUUUAGGCUUAAUAUACUUAUGUAGGGCCGCCGAGGAAGACGUUCUAGAGCUCACAGAUUCGGACUUUUCGAGUGCGAUAGCUCAACAUGAUACGGCCCUCGUCAUGUUUUACGCUCCGUGGUGCGGCCACUGUAAGAGAUUAAAGCCCGAAUACGCGCUAGCGGCCGGCGUGCUGAAGGAUGACGAUCCUCCGGUGGCGCUGGCGAAGGUGGAUUGUACCGAGGGUGGCAAGAGCACCUGCGAGCAGUUUUCCGUCUCCGGGUACCCCACGCUUAAAAUCUUCAGGAACGGUGAAGUGUCGCAAGAGUACAAUGGCCCGAGGGAAUCUAAUGGUAUUGUCAAGUACAUGAGAGCCCAAGUUGGCCCUAGCUCUAAAGAUCUCCUGACAGUUGAGAGCUUUGAGAACAUGCUGGCUAAGGAUGAAGUUGUUGUCGUUGGCUUCUUUGAGAAGGAAUCAGACCUUAAGGGACAGUUCCUGAAGACUGCUGACAAAAUGCGCGAGGAAGUCUCCUUUGCCCACUCUUCUGCUGCUGAUGUACUCAAGAAGGCUGGUUACAAGAACAAUGUGGUGUUGUACCGACCCAAACGCCUGCAGAACAAGUUCGAGGAAUCAUUUGUUGAGUACAAGGGAGAACCUGAAUCACUCAAAGCUUUCAUCAAAGAAAACUACCAUGGCUUAGUUGGAAUCCGUCAGAAAGAGAACAUCAAUGACUUCUCAAACCCACUUGUGGUGGCUUACUAUGAUGUGGAUUACGUCAAGAACGCUAAGGGCACAAACUACUGGAGAAACCGUGUACUUAAGGUUGCCAAGGAAAUGACUGAAGUAACAUUCGCCAUCAGCGACAAGGACGACUUCACACAUGAGCUCAACGACUAUGGUAUUGACUUUGCCAAGGGUGACAAGCCUGUUGUAGCUGGAAAGGACACAGAUGGAAACAAAUUUGUCAUGUCUAAUGAAUUCAGCAUUGAGAACCUGUUGGCGUUCGCCAAGGACUUGGUUGAUGGAAAACUGGAGCCUUUCAUCAAAUCUGAGGCCUUACCGGCCAGCAAUGAUGGACCAGUCAAGGUUGCUGUCGGCAAGAACUUCAAGGAGCUAGUCACUGACAGCGGCCGGGAUGCCCUCAUCGAGUUCUAUGCCCCAUGGUGCGGACAUUGCCAGAAACUUGCCCCAAUCUGGGAGGAGUUGGGAGAGAAGUUGAAGGAUGAGGAGGUUGACAUCAUCAAGAUUGAUGCCACUGCCAACGACUGGCCCAAGUCCCUAUACGACGUGUCCGGUUUCCCCACCAUCUACUGGAAACCCAAGGACUCCUCCAAGAAACCAGUCAGAUACAAUGGUGGACGUGCUCUGGAGGACUUCCUCAAGUACGUUUCAGACCAGGCCUCGUCCGAGCUCAAGGGCUGGGACAGGAAGGGCAAUGUGAAGGACGAGCUGUUGUUCAACUCUGAACAAAUAAGAAUUUAUCAAAAAGUUCCAAGUGCAGUGCUACUUCCACAAAUGGUAUUGUCAAGUAAGUACAUGAGAGCCCAAGUUGGCCCUAGCUCAAAGGAUCUCCUGACAGUUGAGAGCUUUGAGAACAUCCUGGCUAAGGAUGAAGUCGUUGUCAUUGGCUUCUUUGAGAAGGAGUCAGACCUUAAGGGGCAGUUCCUGAAGACUGCUGAUAAAAUGCGCGAGGGAAGAAAUGUCUCCUUUGCCCACUCUUCUGCCGCUGAUGUACUCAAGAAGGCUGGUUACAAGAACAAUGUGGUGUUGUACCGACCCAAACGCCUGCAGAACAAGUUCGAGGAAUCAUUUGUUGAAUACAAGGGAGAACCUGAAUCACUCAAAGCUUUCAUCAAAGAAAACUACCAUGGCUUAGUUGGAAUCCGCCAGAAGCAGAACAUCAAUGACUUCUCAAACCCUCUUGUGGUGGCUUACUAUGAUGUGGAUUACGUCAAGAACGCUAAGGGCACAAACUACUGGAGAAACCGUGUACUUAAGGUUGCAAAGGAAAUGACUGAAGUAACAUUCGCUAUCAGCGACAAGGACAACUUCACACAUGAGCUCAACAACUAUGGUAUUGACUUUGUCAAGGGUGACAAGCCUGUUGUAGCUGGAAAGGACACAGAUGGAAACAAAUUUGUCAUGUCUAAUGAAUUCAGCAUUGAGAACCUGUUGGCGUUCGCCAAGGACUUGGUUGAUGGAAAACUGGAGCCCUUCAUCAAAUCUGAGGCCUUACCGGCCAGCAAUGAUGGACCAGUCAAGGUUGCUGUCGGCAAGAACUUCAAGGAGCUAGUCACUGACAGCGGCCGGGAUGCCCUCAUCAAGUUCUACGCUCCGUGGUGCGAACAUUGCCAGAAACUUGCCCCAGUGUGGGAGGAGUUGGGAGAGAAGUUGAAGAAUGAGGAGGUUGACAUCAUCAAGAUUGAUGCCACCGCCAACGACUUACCCAAGUCCCUAUACACCGUGUACGCUUUCCCCACCAUCUACUGGAAACCCAAGGACUCCUCCAUGAAACCAGUCAGAUACAAAGGUGGACGUGCUCUGGAGGACUUCCUCAAGUACGUUUCAGACCAGGCCUCGUCCGAGCUCAAGGGCUGGGACAGGAAGGGCAAUGUGAAGGACGAGCUGUAAAUACAUAGUGAUA